AUGUCCACUCCCACCGACCCAAACCCAGUUCGUACCGCGACGGGCGCGUCGGCGCCUCCAGUGAUGAAGAUAAGACGGCCUAAAGCAGCAGAUCCUUUGGUGCGACCCAAGAGGAGGCCUCCCCCGGGGAAGAAUAUCAGACCCUCUGGUGUUGCAAACGGCACGAGGCCACCCCCAGGGGCAGCCCAACCGAAACUGAACACGAUCCCAGAGCCGCCGCUCAGCCGACUUCAGCGAUCCAAGGUCCGAGAGGAUUUGACCACAAACGGGUUUAGUGGCGCGCCUCUCUCGAAUACAGUGACCGACUACCCGUUAGUGACUACCAAGCGUGCGCUGCGAGAAGGCCUCAAGUAUCAUGUCGCCAAGCUUCUGUCCAAGAAAUCUAUGGACCCUAGAGAUGAAUCGCAAUUUACACGUCCAGUUCGCCUCCAGCGACGUGACCCUCGGUUUAGGCCCCCCGAGCCAGAUGCCUCCAAAUCCGAGGAUACAAAAAUGCUAGAUGUCGCCAAUAGCCCGGGGGAGGCCGAGCGUGAAGAGUUUGAAGCAAAGAAAGCUGCCCGAGAAAAGGAACGCGAAGAGAACCUUGCCCAGAUUGCGCCGUCAGCCAACAACCCUCAAAAGCGGUCCAAUCCCACGAAGCCGAAAACACAGCAAGUCAUGAAAGCUGACAUGACUGCGGAAGAAAUCGCAAGAGCUCGAGUCAAAUAUGAGGAGGCUCUUCCAUGGCAUCUGGAGGACUUUGACAAUAAGAACACAUGGGUAGGAAAUUAUGAGGCUGCUCUAUCCGAGACAUACGCCAUGUUUGUUCUUGAACCGAGCGGGAAUAUGAGAAUGGUGCCCAUCGACAAAUGGUAUCGAUUCAAUGCGAAGAAUUCGUUCAAAUCCCUGACGAUCGAGGAAGCCGAGAAAUUCAUGUCAAAGAAAGUCAAAGACCCCCGAUGGUUCAUGGAGAAGCAGCAAGAAGCCGUCGAAAAGCGAGAACUGGAAACAUUUGCCAAACAGCGAAAAGUUUACCGAGGCAAGGCAGUUUCUGGAACAGGAUUGGAUGGUGACGAUAUGGACUUUGAAGAAGACCGAUUUGCAGAUGAUGAAGAAGUAGAUGCUGGUCUUUUCGAAGAAGACGAAGAUGCUAAAGCUUCCGAAAAGCGGAUUAAACAGGACCAGUUGAAAGCAAACAUUUUCAACUUGAAAGAAGAAAAAGAUUAUGACGAGGAAGAGACUAGAGAGCGAAAGGAAAAGGAAGCCCGGAAAGUCAUCGGGAAAAAAGUGCGCAAGGCACUGCAGAAACGCGAGAAGAACUUUGACUAUAGUAGUGGUUCGGACGUGAACCCUUACUCUGACGAAGAGAGCUCCGAGGAGGACAGCGAAGCAGAGCGCCAGAAAGAAGCAGAUAAGAAAUUAGAGGAGGAAAAAACCGCCAAGGACAAGGAAAAGGAAUCCGGUGCUUCGACCAAGGGCACAAGCACACCAUCUGGUCGUCCAAAACAUACCGAUGCCCUUAAGAAAGCCGCCAUUGGACGCAAGCGCGGCGGAUCGCCCAAUCUCUCAGAUGCCAGUGGGACAGAUACUUCGCGAAAGAAGCCAAAGCACGCAUCAACCCAGCCUGGUCGCGCUUCGCCUUCUCCUUCAUCUGUACUCGCGGCAACCAAAAAGAGAAGUCGGAUUGGAGGCGCAGUUUCUGGAAGUGACAUCGAAGGAGGCGCCCUGUCCGGAGGCGAUAUGAGCGACAAUAGCAAAGCGAAGAAGCUCAAGCUGAAUCUAUCACUGGGCGGUUCUAGAAGCGGUACUCCUCUCAGCUCAAGACCGGGUAGCCCAGCACCUCUCCGAGCAGGAACGCCUGACGGCGUCAAAGGUCCAACGCGAGGAUCAACUCCACGUCCAGUUGCCGGAGCCGGAGCUGCUGGCCAGCCAAGCUUUCCCACGCCAGCAGAAAUCCACGCUGCUAUCCCAGCCUCUGGCAUUCUCAGUCGAGAUCUUCUCAAGAUCUUCCACCCGCGUAUCGGCGAGUCCAAGGAGAAUCACCGUCGAUUCAUCGCAAUUGUCAAGGAUGUCGGUGUCUAUGGUAAAGAAGACCGUCUGCUACGUCCGGGCGUGUUGAAAGAUGCUUGA